UGCGUUGAGUCAGUCCACCGUAGCUGUGCCGACUGGAGGGAUGUGACCCCGGAACAGGACGCCCUCCUACAACAACACACCAUUCAAACAGAGCACAGAAGAAAGAAAAGCUGGACCAGGAGGGAGCCACAGGAGCAGGGGGGAUGAACCGCGAGGAGGCCCCGGGGAAGUCUCCUGAAGACAUGUACGUCCAACAGAAAGUGCGGGUCCUGCUCAUGCUUAAGAAAAUGGGAUCAAAUCUUACGCCGAGUGAAGAGGCUUUUCUCCGAAAUUACGCAGGUGUGGUCCACAGUCAGAUGAGCCAGUUACCACAGCACAACAUAGACCAGGGUGCUGAGGACGUGGUGAUGGCGUUCUCACGGUCAGAGACGGAGGAUCGGCGACAGUGACCCUGGGCCCCGCCCCACUGCAUCCCGUCCCCGCCCCGCCCCCGUCUCGCCCCGCACGUGAUCCACAACACCCCAAACUCCACAAACACGACACAGACAAGCUCAGGAGAGGAGGGGCACCAGGAAGGGACGGAAGAGGACGGGAAGAGACACCGGGAGGUGGCUGCCUCGCUCUCCCCCAGCCUUUUCCAUCCCGACUCCUCCUCACACAAGCUGACACACCAUUACCUGAGAUGCACUCAAGUGGGUCACUGUGGGUUAAAGCCUUGGCAACAAGGCAGUCAGUGAAAACACUCACAGGUUGUGUGGAUGAAUAUCAAAUGUAAUGUUUUUUUUGUUUGUUUGUUUGUUUUUGGUCGAGGGGGGGUGGGGGGGGGGGUUGGUUUCAUUUUGUAUUAUCUUGUCUGUGUUGAGACUUUAGGCAGUGUUACGUGUUUUAUCUGCUGUGGUCACUGGAGGAAUCGACCAGUCAGCAGCCGAUUGAAGCAAAGAGAAAGUAUAGUUUUGGUCAAGCAGCGAGCGUGAUGAUUGAUCGUGUUAGGGGAGAGAUUUUAAUUAUUUCUGCUUUCCAGAAUGGGGCUGAAAAUUGUUUUUUUUUUCUGAUUUAGCUGUUGUGUUAUAAAGGCUUUUGUAUUCUGUCACACCAGGGGCCUCGUUUAUAAACCUUUUGUGUGCUUAAAAAAAAAAAAAAAGAAGCAUGAACAAUGCUUUCACCGUCUCCCUCACAGAUGCUGACAUGCUGACGACAAAUUUAGUAAAAUAAAAUCAUUUACACUUUAUGUCCACUGAUUUAAAAUUAAGAAACCUUUAAUAAAUAGUUUAUAACACACUAUAAUGGGUUUGUCACCACUAUAACUCCUCCUGUGGGCACACAUUCAUGGCUGCUGUGUAAACAGAUAACGAAUGACAAUGAGAUCAUAUAAAAUAAUAAUAAAAUAAUGUCUUCAUAGGAGAAGUUGUAAUUGUUGGCAAAUUCUGUACUUUAAUAACACUUAAAAUGUCCCUUCAGCUGCGUACAACUCCAUUAUAGUGUUUUAUAAAUCACUUAUUAAAUGUUUGUAUUAGUAAGUAAAGAGUCACCAUAAAAUCUGAUCUAUUAAUAACUCUUCUCUGACAAUUCCUUCCACUUAAAAUCAAAUUAUAGCCUGUUUUUUUUUUUUUUUUUUUUUUGUACAAUCCACACACACUUAACCGUGUGAGGUGAAGUGAGCUCCGGUGAAACUCUGACCCUCACCUGUGGCUCUUUUGUCCAUGUUCAUUUCAGAAUAAUUUGUCUUUCCGAUCCUGCAGUGCUCACUGCCGCUGCGACGCGCUGAUUUUCUCUAAUCAAAAAAACAAAAAAAAACAAACAGUUUUCGUCUGUGUGGCUCAAGAUCUGCAGCUUUUUACGCCCUGUUAAUGUUUCUCAUCUUGAUUUGUGGUCUGACUUCUCUGUUCUCCUGUACAAAUGCUAGAAUGACAAACUGACUGAUCUGUGUAUUAACGCUCACAACAGGCCUGUCAUUAAUCAUUCAUGUUUAAUUAUGGGAGUUAACAGGGCAGGGAUAAUGAGGCUCGUGACACACUCGAUGGGAUUUCAGCGUUAAGGUGAGAGGGUAGCGCCGUUUUUAUAAAUUAGGCCCCGCUCGUUCUUCUGCUGCUUUAUUUUGAACCAUAGGCUGUUAAGAGUGCAACAACGCUUUUCUCACAAGGAAAGCGUUAAGAAUUAAAGACACUAGCAGACAUAACCACAUGAAACACAGGUGUACACAUUGUCCCCAAACGAAUACUGGUUUUGUUUUGGGUUAUCGUGACAUGUAAAACCUUUUUUUUUUUUUUUUUUUUUUUUUUAAUUGUACAGAUAGUUGGGAAAAUACAAUAAUGAUUUGAUUGUGCCAAUUGUAUUUUUGGUUGUUUUUUUUAUCUGUAAGAUAAAAUUAACAUAUUGAUUAAGAAAACCGAUACGAGACAAGUUGUAGUAGUAAUUUAUUGUUUACUGAAUUGACUCCCUGUUCCUCCGACACAUCAUUAAAGAUGGAGAACCAGUAGAUAGUUAAAGCCUAACACGAGUCACACUUUAAUUUUCAUCAGCAGUGGCUCUUUGUUCACACUAAAAUCAUACAAACUCUAAUUUUUAACUACCUGUAACUAAACACGUGAAGCCAAACAUAAGAACUGUGUGCUAUUUCUGACUGUACUGUAUCUCUUGCACUAUUAUCAAUGGGAUAUUUGCAAAAAAUACUUUUUGAUAUUUAGCGCAGAGAUUCUGUGUUUGGUUCAAUAGAAAAUAAGAAAAGUUUGUAACCAUGUUUUUAUUCCUUUGGUGAUUUAAAAAAGAAAAAAAAGGAAGAAAUAUAGUCUCUGUGUUUAUUGACUCAACUGGAAUAGCUCAAAUGAAUAUUUGUUAACAACCGACAUGUUUUUCUAGUGACAUGCUCGAUAUUUAAUGUGUUUUAAGUACAGUUUGUUAACUUGUAUAACUUAAAAUAAUUGUACCGUUUGAAAGCCAAGCAUGUCUGCCUCGUGGUUUAUAAUGUUCAUUCUAGUGGAGCCGAGGAUCUUUGAAGCCUUGCCACAAUGACCAUUGUUUGUACAUUCUUGACAUUUGUGGAAGCUACUAGCUCUUUUAAAAAUGCUUCAGAGAAAAAAAAAAAACUUUUUUUUUUUGUAUGGGUAAGUGUUCUCCAUUAUAUCUUGUUGGCAAUAACUUCUAUUUGAAUGUCUUCAGCAAUCACCAUAAUGUAAACGGCCAACAGAUCCGUCACGCUGUCCGCCUAUGACAAAGCAAUUUGUCUUUUUAUGUUUACUUUAAUUUUAAAGCAUUCUUUAUUUGUCUAUGCAUUGUUUGUUUGUUUCUCUGAAAGGUGUCUUACUGUACAUUUUACCUAUCAGGGUUGUUCUACAGCCUUCAUUCAAGUUGUGAAUGAAUGUCAGUGUGUGAGUGUGUGUGUGUGUGUGUGAUCAUCGUUGAACUUGCUAUCAGUUUUGAUUUUCAGCAUGCUGUUGAGUUUGACUAGGAUUGAUGUAUCUUUUUACUGUGAUGACCUGAUGAUGCCUAAUUGUCCUUUUUUUUAUUUUAAUUCUUUAAUUCUUUUUUUUUUUGAGGGUUUUUUUUUCCUUUCUAUUUUAUUUUUCCUCUCAGUCGACAUUGAUUAGUUGGUUUUGUUUUGUAUGGCUGCUGACCAUGUCUUGACUUAAUGCUUCCAAAUCCUAUACCAACUGAACCAUUAAAGAAAUUUUAAACAGUGAAAA